CUCUCGGCUCUCUGACUCAGACCCAGGUCUUCUGGGAUGUUCUCUUCAAGGAAGAGCUGACUUUCAAAGAGGCUUUAACACUCAAGAUCCAGAUGAACCGAGUUACGUAAGCUCUGCCUCUGACCCAAAACCCGCCUUGCCCAACUGCCAGGAACCGCCCAGAUGUUAAUGAGAAAUCGCGGGAGAACUGCUGAGUAACGGCCCUGGCAAAACCCCGACCCUGACAUGACACAGCACAUCCGAAAGGCGACGCGGUCCUUUGGGGUCAAGGGACGCGCAGGGACAAUGCACACAGGACAGAACGGGGAAGCCCCGACGCCGGGCGCGCUCCUAACACGCGCGCCCGCCGCGGCCGGGAUGCCCUCACCCCGCAGGCCGACAUGCCCUGACCGCAGGGUGAAGCGCCUAGCAAACCCACCCACCCACCCACCGGCCUCAAUUUCCGACGGUGCAGCCGACGGUUCUCGGCAGGACAAGGCAGGAACCCGGUCCUCGCUGCGGAGCAAAAGACCCACCUCGGCUAGCCAUCACUUGUGAAGCCUGCGAGGAGCGCGGGUCCCGCAGCUCCGAGGCACGCAUCCAGGAGCUGCAGGGACUGAGCCGAGGGCCCCGGGAGACCCACAGGGCAGGGCCAAGGCGGAAGCACGGACGUCCCAAGAGCAGGUGUGCGGUGAACAUCAACCCAGCUCUGGGACGGGGCGCCCGGAAGGAGCCGUGCCUGCCACAUACUCCCCUCCCCAGGAGGCAGCCGCUGGCUGACCUCGGCAAGAAGACGCCAGGGUAAACAUCCAGAGCAACCGUGGGGCCUGGACGCCGGGGCUCAGAUCCCACUCACCCACCACUACCUGAGGCAUUGGGGGUGAUAUACUCCGCUGGAUACUCAGUUUCCCCAUGUGGUCUACAAACGAAGGUGGCGAGGUCCACCAUGUGGUCACUUUACAGAUGGAGAGGACCUCCCCCCGCCCCCCCCUCCAUGGUGGCCUCAGGGUUACCUUGCCACCGGGGGUCCUCGCCCAGGAUCUUCUCGAUCAUGGCCUGGCUGGCCAAGGCCCCGGGCUGCAAAUCAGGGACGCCGUCCCCAGCGCAAAGCUGGCCGCUUUGCAAGGAUUCCUGGGCCUGCAGCUCCCUGCGAGCAAAUGUCACACUGGUUACAGCGCUGCCUCGCGUCUAUCCCAAGACCUCCCGCAAGGUGACGGAAUCAUUCGGUGCUGUCGCUCUGCGGAGCAACCUAGAAGGUUCGGGACGGGCGGCCCUCGGGCCUCAGGCACAGCCCUGUCCUGGGACGAAUCCAACACCUUCAGAGCCGAGACGCGUUUAGUGAGGACUCGUCUGUCCCCCCCCCGGGGGGUCCCACAGGUGCACGAGCUCAGCCUCGUGAACUCCCACGGGCACACGGGGCAGCGGAAAGGAAACCUUCUCAUCAGAGUCAAAGCCAGAGAGAGAGCGCUCAGGCCAGCAUCCCAGAGAGGUGAGCUGGCCGGCCGCCCCGCGCGGACGCCCCACACACCUGAUGUCACACACGGGCGGCCGCAGGUCCAGCGGGCCGUGCGCAAAGGCACAGUGCAGCCCGUUCUUGACGCAGUGGCCUCGGGCGUCCGUCUCGUGGAUGCACGUCCCGGUCUUGUAGUAGCGCAGGUGGUACUUGCGCUCCGUGUCCCCGGUCGUCCGGUGCAGGUACGGGCACCUGGGAAGCAGAGGGGCAGACACAGGCCAUCUGAGGCCUCGGGGACACCAGCGCGGACCCGCCCCACUCCUCGUCGGCACCUGGCCAACACCCUGCUCUCGCGGUCUCCCUGCGCACACUUAUCUGUUCCGAUCGCAGGCCUGAGGUCCUGGGCGGAGCACCUGUCCCCUGGACCCAUCCCCCAGACGCUCAGAUGCCCCACAGAUCCCGCAACUACAUCUGGUGGAAAAACACAGAACCAAAUUUCCCUGGAACUCAUCCUGCAUCAUUUUCUGAUUACGGAAAAAUGAAGUCCGUGCCCGGGAUGCAGCAGCACCCCUCAUUUUUCCCGACGAGCAUUAUCAGAGGAGGACUUGUGCUCACUCCCGUCCAUCCAGGUGCUUCAGGGGACCCCUCGAGGGAAGGAGCCUGGGGAGAAACCCGGACGCGGCUGGAGGAGGAGGCUGGUGGGAGCCGGGCAGGAGAGCGGGGGAUGGGGGGGGGCGGGCGGUACCACGUGCCCCAGAUGGAGGGGGGCGGGCCGUGCCACUUGCAGGUGCCAAGCCACACACUCCCAGGGAGAGUCCCCCUGGGGUCCCCAGGCAGCAGGGGGCUGGCUCCACACGUGAGGCUGGGCACUGAGCCCACAUGGAGGUCAGCCCCUCUAGACGAGAGGCACAGAAGGGGGGAGGAAUACUGAAAAGAGCCUGAGCUGGGGACACCUGGGUGGCUCAGUCUUAAGCGUCUGACACUUGGCUUCAGCUCAGGUCACAAUCUCACCGUUCCUGAGUUCAAGCCCCACCUCGGAC